CAGACUCGUUCGUAAUCGUGACAGUUCGUGAUUGUCCGUAGAAAUGGCAAGGCGGUAUACGCCUGCCAAAGAAAAACUUUAUAAAUUUGUAGAAAUUUGCACUAUGGAGUGGAUGGUGCCCGUGAAUGAGAUGUUAAGGGAUGAAAUCACUCGCAUUGACUACAACUUAAUGACGGACACUUUUGAAGGAAACAUCAGGACCGUGAGGAUGCUACAAGAUAGUCUGUCAAAGCUGAUAGAUGUCCUGGGAGAAUAUUCAUCAGCUGCACAAGGCCUCAACCGUGUGAUCACUACUGGGGAAAAACUUCGCCUCUGCCCAUCGCAUGUUGUGUAUAUCCUUAAAGACAAGGAUGCAAAAAACGGUGAGGGCGAGGCAGUCGGCAUGCUGAAGAUUGGUCGCAAGCACCUGUUUUUGUUCGACGACAAGGAACAAGUGCGCGAGCUGGAGCCGCUCUGCGUCCUCGACUUCUACGUGGUCUGCAACCGCCAGCGCACCGGAUGCGGGAAGAAACUUUUCGAUUUCAUGCUCAAGGACACGGAGAGCGACGUCCACGCACUAGCCAUCGACGGGCCCUCGCACAAGAUGGAGCAGUUCCUGAAGCGCAACUACGGCGUGGAGCGUCUCGUCCGCCAAAACAACAAUUUCGCUGUUUCGCCCAAGUUCUUCACGUUCACCACGGCCGAGCUCAAAUUAAAGGCAGUGAAUGAUCGCCGAGACACGUGCGGGUCGGAGCAGAGCCGCGCCCAGAGCGGGGACAGCAAGGCAGGCCGUCCGGUCUCGUCGCUGCCGCCGGUCAUCGGCCGGUUCGCGGCGCCGCGGCGUCCCUCCGCCAUCGCCAACGUGAUCCACGGCGGGAACGGCCUGGGCUACCGACAGGACUCCCCCAACGGGAACGAAUUGGACAAGUUGACGUUCGCUCCUCCGGCCCGAAGCCCCGCUCCAGGCACGGAGCUCGGGCGGGAGCUCGACGACGACGAGGACGAGGAGUCAGAUUGGGAAGACGGUGCGGGGGUCGGUCCGGUGCCGACGAGACCGUCCCAGCUCGAGAUGGAAGAGGCCUGCGCCGCCCUGUUCGACGAGCCCUCGCCGGCCGGCUCCAGUACGUCGCGUCGCGACUCGCAGCUUACAGAUCGCGGGUACUUCGACGUCAAGUUUUACCAUAACAAGCUGUGGUGAAGUAGCACUAGGCUACUGACACUCCCGGCGCCCUUCCGCAUCCCUCGCUCACCCUCUCUCCCUCCUCGUUCCCAUUCAAGCUAUCGACUCAUAAGCGACACGUCCUAUAUUCAUUGUGAAGCCCUUAGACUUACUUGCCAUCUAAGGAUAUUUAUUCAUAUAAUAUAUGUGUGGUAUUUAAUCAAUUAAUUAAUUAAAAUUAUACAGAUUCACAAAUUCACUAAUUGAUCUUUAGACCUGCUCCAUCUCAUCUAACAAUAAAAACAAAUUUAAAUACCUGAAAUAAAAUAAAUUGCAAGUCACAUCUGCCAAUCUUAAAUGUACCCAUUUGCAAGGUGUGGCAUCAAAAUGUUCAACUUACAUCCAGUUUAAUUUUUCAGAGAAAUGUAAUUCCAUUGCAAUAUAUUGGUUGGUUGGGGUUGCAUUGGUAGCGAGUCGCACGAACCUGCAUUCUGCACUUUCGAAAACUCAAAUCGAAUCCUCAACAUACCCAAAACCUUGAUCUCCAUAAUAUAUUAUGAUAAAGUUGUACAGUAGUUUUUGUAGCCUUGUUGUAUGCAAACAACUAAUUCUUACAAUUUAUCACCAAUUACAUUGUAGUGCAUCAGUAAUAAUAUAAUACUGCGUAAUAUAAUAUCUGUAUUUUAUUAUCACGUUAUUUGCUGCACAGCACAUGCACAGUGGUGUGCACAGGAGCAGCGACGCUCAUGUCUGCACACAGGGUGCUAUCCUUAGUGGGCACUGCCUGCCAUGGGAGCUCAUUAGAUAUAUUAUUGUACAUCAAUGAACUAGUACUCGUUUUACACCACGCUUUAUUAAAUAAGAAUAUUCAUUCAUUUAAGUUUUAAUAUAUACAAGUACUAGCUACUUUGAAUGAAGAAUAAUAAUUUGAAAAACUGUGAAGGGAUAAAGUUGCAUUUGAUAAAAUCUAGUGGUGCUCCUUUAAAGAUUCUAUUAUUUUAAUAAGACUAAGUGCAAGUGGUCACACAACAACAAUGUUAUUUUAUGAAAAGGAAUUAUGAAUAUAGUUUAAUAACUAUAUUUUGUAGUCUGAAGAAAAUUCCCAUGAGUUAAGUCCCAAAAUUAUGUUACAUUUUUUUAUAAAAUUUUGUUGUUUAUUUUCCGUGUACUAUGUAGUAAGACCUAGGUAAUACAUGUAUCCUCAUGAGUCCUCACCCGGCCCUACACGUGAUGCUAAGACGACGACACGUUGGUCAUGGUCCGAGGGAGGGGCUACCGCGACUCUGCCUCUUUUGUUUGCGCAGGGGUGAUCUUUAUCGGAGGCUAAAAUUAUGAUGAAAGAUUCGAUUACAUAGAUGGAUAGAGAAAUAGAUAUAGAUGAAGCAAAUUAAAGCAUGUUAAUAAUGGGCCUGUUAAACUUUUUUUUUUGUCAUUUAGGUUUCGUGGUAAUUACGACCACCUUGUUUUUGUCAAAAGUUGAUAUUCAUGUCCUAUAGAUGGUAAAAGGCGUGCAGAAUUAAAUAUAAUUACAAAAAACUAAGCAAGGAAACAUUCGAAAGCAAGAAGUUCAAUUUCAAAAGUUCAAAAUAUCGCGCCAUUGGCUGUCCCAGUCCAAAGUUUUGCAAAAAAAACUGUAAAUUAACCAAGGAAUCGCAUUCAGUAGAAAAACACGAAAAAAAUACAUAUCACUGAGUGCACGAGAAUCAUAAAAUCAAACGCUUACAAACUAACUUGGUUACUGUAUGACUUUUAUUCCCUUCGUCUUAUCGCAUAAGAUAAAAUAAAUUUUAAAAGUUCUUUCUUGUGACAGUAAUCUGUCACUCGGACAUUUUCACAGAUAAUUAAAGUAACGACUACCGUAAAAUGGGGCGAUUAGGGACAAAUUCCAACUUUAUGAGCAAUUUUAAGGUAGUUGUUGAUGUAUAUAAUGCUAUAUCAGGAUCAAAAUGAUUGA